AGAAAAAUUAAAGGUAGCACUACCAAAUGCUGACCUGGAACAAGGAUUCCAAGAAGGAAUUUCAAAUGCUAGUGUGAUUAUGCAGGUUCCAGAGAGAAUUGUUGUAGCAGGAAAUAAUGAAAACAUUCCAUUUUCAAGACCAGCAAAUCUUGACCUUACACAGUCAACUCCCUUUAAACCUCUGGAACUAAAAACACCACCUCGUGUGCUUACCCACCUAGAUUUAGAAAGACCUCCUCCAACCCCUCAAAAUGAAGAAAGCUGUGCAGUUGGCAGGCUAAAAAGAGAGCACUCUAUGAGUGAAAAUGCCGUUCGCCAAAACAGACAGCUAGUCAGAACUGACUCCAUGUAUGGAAUUUCAAAUAUAGAUACAGCUGUUGAAGGAACUUCAGAUGACAUGACUGUUGUAGAUGCAGCUUCGUUAAGACGACAGAUAAUCAAACUAAACAGAUGUCUACAACUUCUAGAGGAGGAGAACAAGGAAUGUGCUAAAAGAGAAAUGGUCAUGUAUUCAAUUACCAUAGCAUUCUGGCUGCUUAAUUCUGGUUUUGCUGCUAGAGGGAAGGAUGUGCUGGACUAUUUAUCCGCUGAACCAAGUCCUUACCUGGUUGAGCGCUGCUUCUAA